AACAUUCAAGCUAUCUUUCCAGAUGAUCAAAGUUGAUUCUUGUAUUUUGAAUUAUCACACAUUGAAGACCCUUUUGUAUGAUGAAUAAUUCAAGUAAUAUUACUGACGAGGGUGGUGGCAGCUCCUCUGAACCUCCUGAAAGUGCUGGUGCAAAACCACGCAAUCCUCUGGACAAGUUGUCCAAGGAAGAGUUGCUUACCAAAUGCAAGAACCUCAUUGUCAUUGCCCAAAAGGCCAAAGCUGCCAAAGAUGAAGCGGUAACCGAGUUGCAGAAACUGAAAGAAAACUCGGGGCGGGAAAAUGAAGCUCUCCUUGAGAUGGUCGACAACCUGACAGAGGGCAAGGUGGCCCUGAUCACCAAGACGGAAUCUCUGCAGCGCCAGCUGAACCUGUCUGCAUCAGAGCUGCAGGCCGCGCAGUCUGUGCAGGAUAGACUGCUGCAGGAGAAGCAGCAGGCUCUGGAGCAGGUCCAGGUUUAUCAGGCCAAAAUUGCGAGGAAAAAAGAGCGUUUCGAGAAAAAUUUGCUGGCUGAGCGAGAGAGAAACGAACAGCUUCUGGGCAAAAUUGAAAAUCUAGAGGCACAAACAAGCCAAAUUGAGGUCCUGAAAACCAAAUGCAAGAAGUUGUUGGACGAGAAGAGCAAGUGGGAGGAGACUACGAAACAAGCUAAAGCAAUUCUUGCCGAAAAGAAAGCAAACGAAAUUAUUCUCGAGGAAUCAAAAAAUCGACAGAAGCAACUUGAAGAGACGACAAAACAACUCACGACUGAGAUAAAACAACUGCGACUGGAAUGCAAAGAGAAGCAAACCAGAAUGGAUGAUAAAGAGAAGAUCAUUGACAAUUUGAAGCAUGAGCUUACCGUCAUACAGGAAAGUAAAGAAAUUAACGAUGAAGGCGAAUAUCAUCAAAACCCCGCGGAAGCAGACGAUGGCAAAGAGGUUAUUAUAACGGAACUGAAAUGCAAGACGUUGGAGCUUGAAAAGAAAUGUGACGAGUAUGAAAGAAUUCUGAGCGAUAUUAAAGAGAAAGGCGAAGCUACAGAAAUAACGGAAGAGAUCACGGAGUGUGUAACUGUGAGUGACAACGGCUCUUCGAUGGACGAAAUCCUUAUUUUGCGGGCUAGAAUCAAUGAACUCGAACGUGCCUUGGUCGAAAGCAAACCUCUUCAUAUGCCUCACAAGAGCAUCGAUUACGCACUGGAGCAGAGCGAAGCGUUGGUCAAUGAGCUCCGCGAGAAGAUAGAGAAGCACGAGGAAGAGAAGAAUAAUUUAGAACAAAUGGUGUUUGAUGCCAACGAAAAAUAUGCUCUUUAUGAUGGGGAAAUUCAGGCGCUCAAAGCUCAGACAGAAACGCAAGCUGUGCGCAUUAUCGCUACGAGUGAAGAAAACGAGCGGCUUAAGCAGGAGCUUCUGGUCGAGAAAAAUUCUAACAGAGAAUUAGCAGAACAAUUGAAAAGAACCCAGACGAAAAAUUAUGAGGAUGAAAGUGCAAUCGUUAAUCUCAAUCAAGAAAUCGAAACUCUUCAGCAAAGUUUACGAAACACAGAGCGUGCAUUAAAAAAUGACCUCACCGCGGCCGAAGACAUGCUAGCAGCUCGCGCUGACAAGAUGACAGCUUUAGAGGACAAAGUUGCUUUGUUGACUAAAAACUUGGAAAAAUUAGAAAAUGAAAAUAAACUUCAUUUAGACAAAAUAGCAUCGUUGCUUAAUGAAGUUCAAAAUGAAUCGGCCUGUGUUAAAGACACAACUGAAAGUUUAGAGACCAUGCGUGAAGAAAACAAAAAACUAACUAAAACGGUUGAAAAUUAUGCGUCUCAGAUUCAGUCCAUGGAACACCGCCUAUCUUGCAUCACUGAGAACUUUAAACUUUGCUUUUGUGCUGAAGAUUCUAAGUUUCCUGCAGUUUCUAGCAUACUGAGUCAGAAUUUGGCUAGUGACAUAUCGGCUGAAGGCAAAGAAGAUGACUUGUUGGGACAAAUGAAUGCUAUAUUACUCGCAUUCGAAAAGCAGGCUUCUCUAAACUCAACCCUGCAAAAGGCGAAUGAAGACAAAAUUUCCGACCUCAAGUCCCAUAUUGAUGCUCUAAAGAACUAUAAGCAUGAAUUACUUAACCAAAUAAUAACUCUACGCGAUACUACUUCUAAAGACGCUGAAGAAAUACGAAUCGCUCACUCUGAAGCACUAGAAUUAAGUGCACAAGAGAAGAUGAAGGCUUUGGAAGAAGUCGCUCUUCUCCAACACAAAUUGAACUCUUUUGAGUGCAGUUCCGCUGAGACUUCUGCUCUGCAAGAGCAAGUUGAGUUGGGUAAUAAAGAAAUCGUUGAGUUAAAGGAUAAACUCAGAGUUGAUAAUGAAGACUUCGUUAGGAAGUUGCAAGGCUUAGAGAUGGAACUGAAACAAGAAAGAGAGUUGAAGGAAUCAUUGAAUGAAAAACUCGCUGAAAUUGAGGAUGAAGUGAAGGCAACUGGCAUGAAAAUUCAGGACGACAAGGACGAGUUCCUAAAGCAGAUAGACAAUCUUUCCAAGGAAAAUGAACAACUUUCGUGUAAAUGGAAGGCUCUAGAAGAAGAAUGUGAAGAUUUGAAACGGCAGCGUGAAGAGGAUUUAACUUUUAAAGAAGAAAUGGAAAAAGAAGUAUCUGAAGUGAAGAAUUUCCUGAAGGAAAAAGAACAGACAUGCGAAGAUUUGAAAAGUAAAGUACAAGAAUUGGAAGAAAGCAUCACAGAAAAAAAUCAUGAGCUCUUGUCACGCAAACAUGAACUGCAGAUUUUACGUGAUCAACUGGCGUUGUCGUCGGAAAGUUCUGAAGAAACGGCGCGUAAAUUUACUGAACUCGAGUGCAAGUUAUUUGAGUCGAAAUCUAGAAUUGAAACCCUGGAAAAACUUGACUUGGAGCGUCAAGUAGCGGCUGAUAAUGUGAAGCAAGAGCUCGAAAAAGUGAGGAACGAAUUUGAAGCUAAAUUGGGUGAUUUGCAAACCGAAAAUUCAAAUUUAACAUGCCAACUCGAAGCCAUAAAAGAAGAAAAAAAUCGUUGUAAUGAAGAUCUGCGACAUAAAAUUGCUGAAAUGUCAUCUCUAAAAGCCGAAAAUGAUUUUGCCAAUGAGAAAUUACGUGUAGAAACUGCUGAGAAAAACGAGUUGGACUCGAAGUUAAAGUCUGUCUUGGAAGAGAAGGAGAAUUUGUCUUCAAAGGUAUCUGAAUUACGAGAAAAAAUUCUGGCCGUUGAGCAGGAGAACGAGCGGCUCAUAUUAGAGAUGAGCCAAGCUGAGCUGGAAGAUGAGCAGAAGGUCGAGGCAUUGAGUUCUGAGAAGGAAGCAAUGAGCGAAAAGUUUGUUGCUAUUGAGACGGAGAACGUGAAUAAUCUGAAGAAACUCAAGCAGGCACAUGCUACCAACGAGAGGUUGACUGAACAACUAAGAGUUUUACAAGAAAGAAAUGUGCAAAGUUCCCAAAUAAUCCAUGAUCUUGAAAAUUCGAAGAUCGAACUGCAUGAUAAAUUGAAAAAACUUGAGGAAGAUAAUAUUUCAAAUUUAAAAGCCUCUGAAGUUGCAAAGGAACUUGAAGAAAAAUUAAAAUAUUUUGAAGAAGCCAGCGUGAAUAAUGAAGAAAAGUUACAUAGUUUGAAACAAAAAUCUGAUGAACUGAUAUCUGAGAACGCUGCUCUUAAAGAGCGUCUAUUAAACGCGUCUCAGGACUCUGAGAAAUUCACGCCUGAGAUCGUAGCUUUGAAUGCUGAGCGAGAAAAGCUUUUACAGAAGGCAGAAAUGUAUGUGAAACAGAAUGAAGAGCUUGCAAAAAAGAGUGACGAGCUCGUGAAGGAGAAUGAAGAGCUCACGAAAAAGAGUGACGAGCUCGUGAAGAAGAAUGAAGAGCUCACUGAAAAGAAAAACGAGCUCGUGAAAGAGAAUGAAGAGCUCACGAAAAAGAGUGACGGGCUCGUGGAGAAAAAUGAAGAGCUCACGAAAAAGAGUGACGAGCUCGUGAAGAAGAAUGAAGAGCUCACCGUGACCUCAGAAAUAUGUCUGAAGGAACUCUCAGCGAAGAGUGAUGAGUGCAAACAGCUCGAGGAAGAGUUGCAGGCUCUCAAAACAGCGCACGAGCAAGCGAAGGAAAGACUAGUGAAGGAGGAGAGAGAGCUGAAGGCUGCAAAUGAACAAGUUACAGCCUUGACAGCGCAGUGUAAGGAGUGCAGCGAUGCUCUACAGACGCAGACGGCAGCGCUGCAGGAGGGCGAGGUGCUGAGGGCACAACUCGACGUCGACCUCAGCGUCGCGCAGGGGCGGGCGCAGGAGCUGCUACACGAGAUGAACGAUGUAACGAAGGUGCUACGGGAGCGCGGUGAGAGGAUUUCUCGUCUGGAGGCGACGCUGAAGCAGCGCACUGAGGAGGUCGAUGCUGCGCGCGCUAAACUGCAAUCUAUCGAAGAACAGUUCACCAGUUCAGAAGCGGCGCGUGAAGCCCUCAUAGCCGAACUAGAUGCUUUACGUCGACAAACAUCAGCAGCAAAUGAGCCCAAGCAUCAGCCUCAGCACCUCAAGCAGCAGCCUCAGCACCUCGAGCAGGAGCCUCAGCACCUCGAGCAGCAGCCUCAGCACCUCGAGCAGCUGCAGAAUAGGCUCACGGAAACCACGCUGGAAAAAGAAGCCCUUUUACAGAAAAUCCUGCAUCUAGAAGAACAGAUCACGGUUACUUCUGCGUCUUCCGCUGCCGCUGUUGCAAACGAAGCUCCGGUUGCCUCCGCUGCGGCUCCCGUUGUUGCCGUUGCGGCUCCUGUUGCCUCAUCUACGGCUCCUGUUACCUCAUCAUCUACGGCUCCUGUUACCUCAUCUGCUGAGACUCCUGUUUCCUCUGUCGCUGUUGCCUCAGCUGUUGUACACACAGCUUCGGUCCCCCCAACAACAGGAGCAACAGACUGCCCCAGCGAAGUGAUGAGCACGAGUACCAUGAGUAAAGCUGAGGAAGCCAACAGACUCAAGGAUAUCGAAGACACUUUCGAGGAGCGAUACAUGAAGUUAAAAAGCGUGGCCAUUAAGCUGAAGAAGAAGCUUGCCGAGCAGACUGUUCAGAUCAACGCUCUGGAGGAGCAGAAGACUAAACUCUUGGCUGAGAAGGAGCAGCUCGGUCCCGCCAGAGCUGCGUCCAAGAAUAUACAGGUGCUACAAGCAGAAGUAGACCGGCUACAGGACGCUGUAGAGAGCGGCACUCGAGCCAUCAAGGAGAAGGAUGGUCAGCUCACGCAGGCCGCGCAGCAGAUCUCAUCCUGCAAGGACCAGCUCGUGCAGCAGACGCAACAAAUUGACAAUCUUAAAGCCACCGUCAAGACCCUAGAAGAAGCCAAUACUGAACUGCAAACCAGAGAAACUGGGCUGCUGGCCGAUAUGAAGGCUUUGCAAGAGCAAGCUUCAGGACUCGUGGAACAGGACAACAAAGAGAAGAGCUUGGAGGCGCAACUAGAGCAUCUCACAGCACAGCACGCAGCCGACGAAGGCACCACUCAGCACCUCAGGAAAAGUAACGAAGAGUUGCGGUCACGUUUGGCUGAGGUCGAGAAAGAAGUCAUCGAACUACGGGUUCUGAAGCAACAGCUCUCCGCGGAGGCUGAAAGACUGAGACAGGUGAUAGAAGAUCAGAAGGUGUCAGUGACAGAAGUGUCUCAGACGCGCUCUCAUGAACAGGAACUCGCCAGACGCACCGCAGCACGCAACGCUAAACAGAUCGCCUCGUUGGAGGAACGCGUGUCAGCUCUCACCACCGAACUGCAGCAAACCUCAGACGAGCUCAUCCAUGUCCGCAAGGAGUUCGACUGCUACAAAGCGCGCGCUCAGAGCGUGCUCAAGCAACAGCAGAAGCAAAAAACUCCCAGCGUUGACGUGGAAGAAUUACAGCAGCGGCUGCAGCUCGGGGAAACUAAAAUGCAGACAUUGCAGCAUUCAAAUAGACACCUACAAUCCGAGUUGUCAGCGCUACAGUCGGAGCACAAGUUCGUGCAAGGCGAGAAGGAGCGCCUACUGAAGCAGCAUCGUCAGGAGGCUGAGGCCUCUGCUGCUCAGGUCGCGGCUCUCGAGGACGAGAAGAACAAACUGGAGGAGAAGAUCAAGAAGAUCACGAGUGACAGUCAGAGUCUCGUUGCUAAAAUGGCAGCUGAGGGAGAAGCCAUGGUCAAAAGCUAUGAGGCGCAGCUGAAGAGCCUCGCCUGCGUGCACGAGCGAGAGCUGAGUGAGCUACAGACGCAACUUGACGCGUCUGUGCUCCGCGCCUCUGCAGCGCCUCCUUCAGGACACGGCGAGACGAAGGCCUCGUCUGCCCAGCACAGGAGGCUUGACAGCGCUGAUGACGCUAAGGUCGACGUCACCACCAUGAUACGGGAGGCUGGCGAGGGUUCAGAGUGGGUGGAGCCCACACCGUCCCACAGACCUGGCGUCUUCUCAUCUCCAUCAGCUGCGCUGGACGCUGAUGCUGAACCUUACCAAUCUCCUCCUCUGCACCAGCUGCUCAGCUCACACUCAGCUGGUCUCAGCUUACACUCAGCUGGAUCCUUCGCUGACGAUGCUGCCAGUCUUGCAGGCUCUGCCACUGACCAUAUGCCUGACCAAAGCUCUUAUGUCAGCAGUCAGCUGUCUGCCAUGCAAGCCAAGCUGGACGCAUACGAGGUGCGAAUGGAACAAGUGACUGUCCUGCUUCAUGAAUCGGAAGCCGAGAACGCAAAGUUAUCUCAGCUCACGGACGCACUGAAGGAAGAAAUACGUCGUGGUAGCCGCAACCACGACCGUGAGAAGCAUUUGGAGAACUUGGAAUAUCUUAAGAACGUCGUGUUGCAGUUCAUAACACUAGGCGACAGCGGCAGUGAUGGCAGGGAACGACUGCUGCCUGUCCUUACGACGCUACUGCAACUCGCGCCGCAUGAAGUCGCUAAAAUAAAGAGCGUUGUUCACGGUGAGGGUGAAGGUGCGGCUGCUUCUCAAGGCUGGGGUAGUUACCUGCACCUCUGGUCAGCCAGGUAACCUUCUCCUGACGAGCUCCGUCCUGCUGUAUAGUCAGCGCUCCCGCUGACACCGCAUCGUCGUUCGUUCCGCUGCUAUCCGGAAUAUAAUUGAAAAUCGUUAUUAUUGAAUUAAAAAUCGUUUAAUCGAUAUAAAGAGUCGCGCGAUAAAAAAAUUGUCUACUAUUGCUUGAAUUAGAGUUGCUAUUAGCCUUAUAAUUUUACCGCAGGCGUUAACUAGAACGCUGUCUGUCAUGCGUCAACUUGAGUUUCGAUGAUGAAUAAACUUGUGUCUGAUUUUUUAUUUUGAGAUAAUGACUUCGGUUACUUGAUUCAGAUGGCUGCUAAUCUGCAUUCCGAUCGUCAUGGUUGCUGUUGUAACGGAGGUUGUUGUUGUGGCUGUUCUUAAUUUGUGGAAUAUUGUUGUUGAUAACAAGUGGUUUACUUAGUAAUACUGCUACGGUGACCACGGUUCUGAGUUCUGAUAUUUAUGACUUUUUCCCUUAUCUCAGUCAAAAAGAAUUUGUGAAAUAUUUAUUCACCGACUUGACUUUUGCUUAAAUCCGAAGUUAUUGAUGCACAAAAAAUGGGUUAAGUUUAAGAAGAGUAAUUUAAACACUCAUCGGCAUUAGAGUCUUCGGUUUCUUAUAUCUCAUUGCUGCUCUCUUCUUAUCCUAAACGAGGAGUUUCCUGACCCAAAAUGAAUUUCGAAAAUUCAAGCGAUUGUACGAAUUUUUACGCGUACUUUGGAACCUUUCAAUCCAUGUUAUUUCCUUCGUCUCUGUUAUUUAUUGACUUCUGGCAUCAAAAAAUAAAAAAUAUUAUCUAUUCAAAAUUUAUUUAGUAAAUAGAUUACAAUGUAUGGAGUGAUAUUUACGUGUUAAUUUAGUUCUUCUCUUCUAUUUUGCACUCGAGUCUUCUUGUGAAAUUAGUUUGAAGCUUUCCUCGAUGGACGGGCAACUGAUUUUGCCAAGUAAUUCUCCUGCUUAAUUACAGAAUCCAAAACACUCUUUUUAGAGCAUUUUCUCAUUUAUGGAAAAAAUGCACUAUUGUGCU